AUGUUUGAAGAGGAUGCGAGAGUUCUGGUCGUCAUUGGCCGGAACGACAACGCCGCCGUGAAAGCUGUUGUCGAGAAACAAGUGCAGAACGGCGGUCGUGUGAUGAUUAUUAACGUCAACGAGGAUACGAGGUUGUCGGCCGACUUUAUUGACACUGUUUUGGAGUGGAAUCCUCCCCUAGCAGGUCACACCCAUCAUUGGUAUCAGAUCGGGCCAGGCAUCCACAAUGUGACAGAGCGCGAGGCAGUCAGGAUCUGCAGCAAUGGAGUUAUGAUCUGCGACGAGGAUGGGAUUCAAUUCCAAGUGCUCGGGGAGGUCCUGUUGAAUCCCACCGCGGAGCACCAACACAGCUUGAAACCACUUCCAAAUGAGAAGCGAUCUUUUGGCAUCAUCUCACCUUUCCGGGCGCUGAUGUCAGUGGCCAUGACGGCUAUGAUCUCCUUCCCGCUGUUUCUGGGGAUGGUCUUAUUCGAGCAUCGCACCGAAGACAGCGGAACCGCUUGGUGGCGGCCAUUAAACCAUGUUAUCAUUUAUGGUGGCUGUUUGCGCCUACUGCUUCAAGCCUGGUGCACUGGGCUGGGCUGCGUGGACUCCACUUCACUUGGAAGCAUCUUUACAGGAAUUGCUGCGACCCUCGUGCCGUGCCUGGCGAUGUUCCUGGUGUCUGGCACCUUCUCCACCUUCAGCUACUGUGUGGCCUCGACAAUUAUCCUCUCUGGUGCUAACGUGGUCACAUGUGUUUGGCGACGUGGUUGGCGAGGCGCGUUCUACCAGCUCUCCUGGGGAAUCCCUUGGUUAUGCCUUACCUUCGGUGCCUGGGUCGUGCUCUACGGGAUCGCCGUGCUCCAUGUUCAGAUUGACCAAGUCUCGAAGGUAGCAAGUUCAUUCUUCCUGCCGCUGUCCACUGCGACCUUGGAGCUGGGAACGGUCGCCAGUGCCACAGCGCUGUACAAUCACCGGGUCUUCCAGCUUCGGGAGUCCGACCAUCCGGCCUGGGGAGACCAAGCAAAAAGUACCUUGCCUGUGGUUCCGGUGGCAAUCCAUGCUUUCACAGAGACUUGCAGGUUGGUGUCGGUUCUGGCUUCCACGGUGUUUGAUGGCAGCAAUUACUUCUGGAUCUUCACAGGUAUGCUAUCACUGGCGUUGAACGUCAUGAACCGGCAGGGAUGGAGCAGGUUCCUGGUGACCAAAACGCUCACAUGCCUGGGGUUGCGGCCACGGUUCGUAUUGGGGUGCACCGCGCCAACUGCCAUCAGCCGACUUCACGACGUCGCCAAGAUCAGCUGCGGGUAUCCCCGAAUGAUCGCUCCGAUUGUGCUCGGUCUUGUUCAGCUGGUCACCGGCCAUGGACUUUUCCGCUCCACGAACACAGUAGUAGCUCUUGCUGUGAUAUUCGUUUUUGAAGUUCUCGAGGAUGUUUUUCAUCACUGGGAGCUCUUGCCUUUCGCGCCCGUGCCACAGGCAGCUGCCGAGUAUUUCUCUUCACUUGACGCAUACUCACCGUACCAAAGCACUGUGCCACUUACCCAGUGGAGCUCCGUUACGGGCCCCGUUCUUCCAGAACCAUGCGAUUGGGAGCGCAGGGUGAGCAACGGCAGCGUGAGCUCCACGCCUGAACACAGCCCAUUGGGCGACAGCCCAGUGAACGUCAGCCCAGGCGUGAGCCCAAAACGCUCUGUGAAGAGUGACGGGUCGGAAUUCUCAGGCCCAUCUCGUCGACGACGUCCGUCUGUCAGCAGUGCUGUGAGCACGGGCGGUGUAGAAACAGGAUUCUCCGGCGUGGUUCGCAGGUGGUGGGGCCAGGAUCUCAAGGUGCACACCGCACUUCGCCUUUGGCAUUUGAGAAGUUGGUCCUGGCCAGUAACCUUGAGCAUGAUCUGGAUCAUGAACGUGUACACUAUCUGCUGCUUGGAGUUGCUGCUGGGUCCUGGCUACCUACGGGGCCUGUGUGCCGAUCCUACGUCACGGGAGGCCUUCAACCCGAACCUUUGGCAGAGCUAUCCUCUCAGCUGCUGA